GUCCAUUGAUCUAGUUUUCUCUCCACGUGUGAAAAAUAUUUUCGCCGACUGCUGCGGAACAAAGCCUCCGAUUUCUAAGAGAAUUUACAGACAGGUUCAGGAAGAUUCAGAGAAGCAAUAGGAUCAUUUUCGGAUAGAUCUGUAGUCGUCGUACAAAAUACUCAGAGUUUUAUUUGUCGCACGUUUUCUUAGCGAAAAUCUUUGCAAAACAACACGUGGUGUUCUAAAGGUUUUUUGGUGCAAACUGCGGCUUACAAUGGCGGCUAAUUUGAUUUUAGAAGAUGGUACUUCUUAUACUGGGAAGUCAUUUGGGGCUGAAAUAGACAUGGCUGGUGAAGUUGUAUUUCAGACAGGUAUGGUUGGCUACCCGGAAUCUCUAACAGAUCCGUCUUACAGCUCACAGAUCCUUGUUUUGACCUAUCCCCUUAUUGGCAACUAUGGCAUUCCAGACCCUGAGAAGGAUGCUCUUGGACUGAGCAGGUGGUUUGAGUCGUCCAAGAUCCAUGUGGCAGCUUUGAUUGUGGGUGACUAUACAGAGGCCUAUAGUCACUGGAGUGCCAAGAAAUCUCUGCAUGAUUGGCUGAAAGAGCAUAAUAUUCCAGCCAUUUAUGGCAUUGACACAAGAUCUCUGACCAAAACAAUCAGGGAAAAUGGGACCAUGCUUGGAAAGGUUAUUCAACAUGCAACAAAUCCAGACAGCAUUCCAUUUGAUGACCCUAACAUCAGAAAUCUGGUGGCAGAGGUCUCAGUAAAGGAACCAAUUGUUUAUAACCCAAAGGGAGAUGUAAAGAUUGUUGCAGUAGAUUGUGGGAUCAAAAAUAACCAAAUUCGCUGUCUCUGUGAGCGGGGAGCAUCAGUGAAAGUGGUGCCUUGGAAUUAUAAAUUAGAGUCAUCAGAAUAUGAUGGCCUUUUCCUCAGCAAUGGACCUGGUGAUCCAAAGAUGUGUGCUGAAACCAUAGCUAAUAUAAAGAGAGUGAUAGAAGAGGAAGACAACAAGCCAGUAUUUGGAAUAUGUCUUGGUCAUCAGCUCUUGUCUUCUGCUGCAGGGUGCAAGACCUAUAAAUUGAAGUAUGGUAACCGUGGGCAUAACCAACCUUGCACACACACCAGCAGCAAGAGGUGCUUUAUCACUACUCAGAAUCAUGGGUUUGCUGUUGAUGUUGAAACCAUGCCAAAGGAUUGGUCCAUACUUUUCACCAAUGAAAAUGAUAAGAGCAACGAAGGAAUAAUUCACAAUUCCAAACCAUUCUUCAGUGUCCAGUUUCAUCCAGAGCACAUGGCAGGUCCCAGAGACCUAGAACUUCUGUUUGAUGUCUUCUUAGAUCAUGUCAGGAUGCACAAGAAAGGAAGAGAUGACAUGUCAAUCAAUGACAGAAUCAACCAUAAGCUGGCCUACACCCCUCCUCCACAUGUGCUGACCAAUGUGAUGUCCAAGCCAAGGAAAGUCCUCAUCCUGGGGUCAGGUGGACUGUCCAUUGGUCAGGCUGGAGAGUUUGACUACUCUGGAUCUCAGGCUAUCAAGGCAUUCAAGGAGGAAUGUAUCCAUACUGUUUUGAUAAACCCAAACAUUGCUACAGUGCAAACCUCAAAGGGAAUGGCGGACAAAGUGUAUUUUUUGCCUCUUACAGCUGACUAUGUCACAGAGGUCAUCAAAAGUGAGAGACCAGAUGGAAUUCUCCUUGCCUUUGGUGGCCAGACAGCUCUGAACUGUGGAGUGGAACUGAAAAAUAGAGGUGUGUUUGAAAAAUACAAUGUCAGAGUUUUAGGCACACCAGUGACAUCUAUUGAAUGGACAGAAGAUCGUAAAAUUUUUGCAGAGAAGAUGGAGGAGAUCAAUGAACAUGUAGCACCCAGUGAAGCAGCUUACACAAUGGAACAGGCUCUGGAGGCAGCAGAAAAACUGGGCUACCCUGUCAUGAUCAGAGCCGCCUUUGCCCUAGGUGGCCUGGGAUCUGGGUUUGCCAAUAACAAGGAGGAGAUGGCCUAUCUCACCAGUAUGGCAUUCAAACACACUAACCAGGUGCUGGUUGACAAGUCACUGAAAGGAUGGAAAGAAGUGGAGUAUGAAGUGGUCAGGGAUGCCUAUGACAACUGCAUUACAGUUUGUAACAUGGAGAAUGUUGACCCACUUGGAAUCCACACUGGAGAGUCCAUCGUCGUUGCUCCCAGUCAAACGCUGACCAACAUUGAAUACAACAUGCUGCGCUCAACUGCAAUCAAGGUGAUCCGCCAUCUUGGGAUUAUUGGAGAGUGCAAUAUUCAGUAUGCAUUGAACCCAGAAUCUCAGCAAUAUUUUAUCAUAGAAGUCAAUGCCAGACUUUCCAGAAGUUCUGCCCUUGCCAGUAAAGCAACAGGGUAUCCUCUAGCCUAUGUAGCGGCCAAGUUGGGAAUGGGCAUCCCUCUGCCUGUGCUGAGAAAUUCUGUGACUGGCUCCACAACUGCUUGCUUUGAACCAAGCCUGGAUUACUGUGUGGUCAAAAUUCCUCGCUGGGAUUUGAAGAAAUUUUCAAGAGUUAGCACAAAGAUUGGCAGCUCCAUGAAAAGUGUUGGAGAAGUAAUGGCAGUAGGCAGAAAAUUUGAGGAAGCCAUUCAGAAGGCCUUGAGAAUGAUGGACGAGAAUUGUACGGGUUUUGAUCCCUACAAGAGCAAGGGGAAAGUGUCUGAGGAGGAACUCUACAACCCAACCUACAAGAGGAUUUUUGUUUUAGCAGCAGCUAUACGUAGUGGUUAUGACACUGAGAAACUCUACAGCUUAACCAAGAUCGACCGCUGGUUUCUUCAUAAGUUUAAGAACAUCAUCGACUGUGUUAUUCAGUUGGAACAAUUCAAGAAACAGGAUCUGACCCAUGAUGUGUUAUUUGAGGCCAAGCAACUUGGAUUUUGUGACAAGCAGAUAGCCAAAUUCACUGAAAGCACCGAGCUAGUGAUCAGAAAGAAGAGGAUAGAUUUUGGUGUCACUCCCUUCAUCAAGCAAAUAGAUACAGUGGCAGCUGAAUGGCCUGCCUCCACCAACUACCUGUACCUCACCUACAAUGCAGCGGCCCAUGACUUGGACUUUCCAGGGGGCUAUACCAUGGUGCUGGGUUCGGGGGUGUACAGGAUAGGCAGUAGUGUGGAAUUUGAUUGGUGUGCUGUUGGAUGCAUCAUGGAACUCAGAAAGCUUGGCAAGAAGACCAUAAUGGUGAAUUACAACCCUGAGACAGUGAGCACAGACUAUGACAUGUGUGACAGGCUUUACUUUGAUGAAAUCUCAUUUGAGACUGUUAUGGAUAUCUAUAACAUUGAAAACCCAGAGGGUAUCAUAUUGUGUAUGGGAGGCCAGCUGCCCAACAAUAUAGCUAUGGAUCUGCACAGGCAGCAGGCAAGAAUACUGGGUACCUCAGCAGAGAUGAUUGACAAUGCUGAGAAUAGGUUCAAGUUCUCAAGAAUGUUGGACAACAUAGGAAUCUCACAGCCACAGUGGAAGGAGCUGACGGACCUUGCCAGUGCCAAAGCCUUUGGGGAAAAAGUGGGCUAUCCUUGUCUGGUUCGUCCAUCCUAUGUGCUGAGUGGAGCAGCCAUGAAUGUCGUCCAUUAUGACUACGAUCUUGAGGCGUAUCUCACCCAGGCAGGACGUGUGUCUAAGGAACACCCUGUUGUCAUAUCAAAGUUUAUUCUAGAAGCAAAGGAAAUAGAUGUAGAUGUGGUAGCAUCAGAUGGUGAGGUGAUAUGCAUGGCAGUGUCUGAACACGUGGAGAACGCGGGUGUGCACUCGGGUGAUGCCACCCUUGUCACCCCUCCACAAGACUUGAAUGAAGAAACUCUACAGAAGAUCAAACUGAUUAGCUGUGCUAUAGCUAGAGAGCUAGAAGUAUCUGGUCCAUUCAAUUUGCAGCUAAUUGCAAAGGACAACCAACUGAAAGUUAUUGAGUGUAAUGUCCGUGUGUCCAGAUCAUUCCCAUUUGUCUCUAAGACGCUGGGUCACAAUUUCAUCGCCUUGGCAACGCAGGUCCUUGCUGGCCAGAAACCAGAGGCUAUCAAUGUUCUUAAUGGAGUUGGAAAAGUUGGUGUGAAGGUGCCUGUAUUCUCUUAUGCACGUCUGGCUGGAGCUGAUGCCCUGAAAGGAGUAGAGAUGGCAAGCACAGGGGAAGUGGCAUGCUUUGGAGAGGACAGAUAUGAAGCAUAUCUUAAAGCUCAACUCAGCACAGGAUUCACCAUUCCAAAGAAGAACAUUCUUUUGUCAAUUGGAAGUUACAAGAGUAAAAGUGAGCUACUGGGCAGCGUCCGCACCCUGGAGAACAUGGGUUAUCAGCUGUAUGCUAGUCUGGGCACUGCGGACUUCUACUCAGAACAUGGAAUAAAGAUCAAGGCGGUAGAGUGGCCGUAUGAAGACAAUGGUGCUGCUUCAGCACCAAGAAAUGGUAGUGGCGAUGAUGACCGUCGCCGUGAUGACCAGAGAAGCAUAGCAGACUAUCUGGCUGACAACCACUUCCAUCUGGUGAUAAAUCUUCCAAUGAGAAAUAGUGGAGCUAAGAGGGCUUCCACUUUCGUCACCCAGGGAUAUCGCACAAGACGCAUGGCUGUGGAUUACUCUGUGCCAUUGAUCACAGAUAUCAAGAUUGCCAAGCUCUUCAUUGAGUCCCUGAGAAGAAUUAAGGGUCCUCCUCAGUUGAAAACACAUGUUGACUGUAUGUCAUCUAGGAAGGUUUUACGCAUUCCAGGACUGAUUGAUGUCCAUGUUCAUCUGCGUGAGCCUGGUGCCACUCACAAGGAAGACUAUGCCUCUGGCACUGCAGCGGCUCUUGCUGGAGGUGUGACCAUAGUUUUGGCCAUGCCUAACACACAGCCAGCAAUAGUGGACCAGGCUUCACUGGUCCUUGCUCAGAAGCUUGCCAGACAAGGUGCCCGUUGUGACUAUGGCAUUUACCUGGGAGCCAGUGCAGAGAAUGCUACAGAAUUACCAGCUCUGGCUUCAGAGUCCAUUGGACUGAAGAUGUACCUGAACGAGACUUACACCACACUCAGACUGGAUGAUGUCACUGUGUGGAUGAAGCAUUUUGAGAAUUGGCCCAAAGACAUGCCAAUUGUGUGUCAUGCUGAACUGAGGACUGUUGCGGCAGUCCUGCUCUUAGUGGACCUUUAUCAAAGACCUGUGCACAUUGCACACGUGGCCAGGAAGGAGGAGAUUCUCAUCAUCAGAGCAGCUAAGGAAAGGGGACUCCCUGUGACAUGUGAGGUGGCCCCACAUCACCUGUUUUUGACGGCGUCGGACAUUAACCGAAUUGGAGAAACAAGGGCCCAUGUUCGGCCAAUGAUUGCCAAUGUGGAGGAUCAAAAGGCAUUGUGGGAUAAUAUAGACAUUAUUGAUUGUUUUGCAACAGAUCAUGCCCCACAUACAGUUGAUGAGAAGAACAACCCCAAGCCUUGUUUUGGUUACCCUGGCCUGGAGACCAUGCUGCCUCUAUUACUUACUGCUGUCAAUGAUGGACGACUUACAAUGGAGGAUAUUGUCACUCGUCUGUACACAAAUCCCAAGAAAAUAUUCAAUAUACCAGACCAACCAAAUACAUAUGUUGAAGUUGACAUGGAGACUGAGUGGACCAUCCCCAAUGCUAUGAAGUUCACAAAAUCAAAAUGGACGCCAUUUGCUGGCAUGAAAGUGAAGGGCACAGUAAGGAGGGUGGUUUUGAGAGGGGAAGUUGUGUUCAUUGAUGGUGAGGUGUUAGCCAAGCCAGGGUAUGGUAUGGAUAUUAAUCUCCUGCCAAAAGCACCCCACCAGGGUCCUAGACAGCUACUGGGUCUAGCUGGCAAGCAACAUGGUCCUCUAAUGCCUGCGCCGCUUACAACAAGCAUUCCAUCAGUGCCUGGGGUACUCCCUGGACCAUUAUCUGAACCAGCAAGUCCCAUCAGAAAGCAUGUUGACAUUCCUAAGUUUCAUCUCCCACCAAAGAUGUCACGUGCUCUUAAUGUAGAUGUGAUGUAUGGAAAUACCACUCUGCAUGGAAGUUUGUUGGACAAACCUGUAGAAGGACAUCUGCCAGAAUUCAGAGCAGAUCUGCACACACCAGGAAGUAGAGAGACAAAAGAGACCAGUUCAGGUGGAGGUGGUGGUGAUGUAGUUUUGACCAGGAGUGGAGUGACCCCUCCACACCCCUACUAUGCCACGCCCACCUCCACUGCCCAAUACAUUUCUGGCAUCACAGGACAGCAUACGCUGUCUGUGCAUUCCUUUAACAAGGAACAUCUCCACCAGCUAUUUAACUUGGCCCACAGCAUGAGAAUUGCAAUUCAGAAGGAAAGGACACUAGACUACAUACUGAAGGGCAAAGUCAUGGCAUCCAUAUUUUAUGAGGCCAGCACUCGUACAAGCUGCUCCUUUGCAGCAGCAAUGCAGAGACUUGGUGGGAGUAUCAUUGGAAUGGAUUCCAGCACAUCUUCUGUGACGAAGGGAGAAACCUUGGAAGACACUCUUCGGGUUCUGGCUGGCUACAGUGAUGUCAUUGUACUUCGCCAUCCAGAGGUUGGAGCUGUCACUAGAGCAGCCAAGUUUAGUCGCAGGCCUAUCAUCAAUGCUGGAGAUGGAUCAGGAGAACACCCUACCCAGGCUUUACUGGAUGUGUUCACCAUCAGAGAGGAGAUUGGUACCGUCAAUGGUCUGACAGUGACAAUGGUUGGGGAUUUGAAGCAUGGGCGUACUGUACAUUCUUUGGCACGCAUACUUACCCUGUAUAGAGUGAAACUGGUGUAUGUUUCCCCACCAAACUUGAAAAUGCCUCAAGAAGUUGUAGAGUAUGUUAAGUCCAGGGGCAUAAGGCAGGAAGAGGCUAAUGCCCUGGAGCAGGCACUGCCUGGGACUGAUGUCCUCUAUAUGACCAGGAUCCAGAAGGAAAGGUUCCCAUCAGAGGAGGAGUAUAACAAGUCCUGCGGUCAGUUUGUGGUGACCCCACAGUUGAUGACCAAGGCCAAAAAGAAGAUGGUGGUCAUGCAUCCUCUUCCUCGGGUAUAUGAGAUUGACCCAGCAUUUGAUACAGAUCCAAGAGCUGCAUACUUCAGACAGGCAGAAUAUGGCAUGUUUGUAAGAAUGGCUCUGCUGGCUGCAGUCAUGGGACGGUUCUGAAGAUGCUGCUAUAGCAAACUUCUAUGGAAACGGGAGUCUGAAUGAAUAUAGUUCUAUUGACAUGUUUUUUUUUUUUUUUUUCAUUUAAUUGUCUCACAAAAAAUUUGCCAAUGUUAAGAUUUGUUGAUUAUGAGCUUUUGCUGCUUCAUUAGAUGUUUAUCCAUGAGGAAAUUGCGUCUCUUGCGACACAGUUUAUGUGUAGCACAAUCAGUAUUUGUUGCUUUCUCAAAGAUUUCUGAUAGGCGCCAGUCAAAUUGUAGUGAGUGAAGUAUAUUUAAAGGUCACACAGCACCUGUUUGCGAUGAUAGAAAAUAUAUUUUUGUCAGAAGCUGAAAUUUGAUCUAUUUUAUUUAAAAACGAGAUGAUUAAAUCUUUCAAAGCCAAACUGCAUACUAUGCCAGACAGGCUUAAAAAUAAUAACAUGGAUAAUGGAAACAGUUACCCCCAGAUGAAAUGAAUAUUUGAAGGACUGAUGUUGCAAAGAACCUCUCAAAACACAGUAAUAUUAAGUAUCAGUUACAUAUUUGUUUAUUUUUAAAGUAGAGUGUGGACAAUAGGUCUUUGAUUUAGUAUUGUGGAGUUUGCAUUUCAAUUGUGAAAAAAAAAUUUAAAAGAGAUUCAGUUAAAGAUUUUCUUGAUUUCAUUUCUCAUGCCCAUGUUGUUGCAAAUGUUUAUUACUAUGUAAUGGUGGGUAUUUGAAGAUUUCAAGAGAAAACUCUGAAAUUGUAACCAAUAUCAAAAUGAAACUUACGAAAAAUUUUAAUGACUAAUAAGCAAAAAUUUAAGACCAGUGCAUAAUAAAAGAAAACAAUAACGACAAACAAAAUACAUUCAUUCUUUAAAAUCUGUGGUAUGGUUAUCUUGAUAAAAGCAAUAUUAUUAAUUAACAAAAAAUAUUGGAGCCUCAAGAUCUCCAAGGGUUUGCUGGUCUUUUAUCUACGCUGUGCGUAGCUCUAAAAUUAUGACAAUUAGUUUGUAGUUCUACUCUAGCUGACAAUAGCUUGGAAAAUGUCAUUGAUUCUUUAUAAAUAUUAUCCUAAGUUUUGUUUUGUUUACUGAAUGUUUCUCAAGUAUUGAUCUUUAAAGAGAGAUAUUUACCUUGUCAACAAUGUUCAGUUGUUAUUGAUUUGACAAGGAGAUGUGACAUUUAAAAAAUCUUCUGAUUGUUCAAUUUUAUAGAAAGAUAUAUUAAU